AUGUUUGCGUGGUCACGUCUUAUUGGUACAACUUUUGCGGAAUUACCUGCCUGGCCAUACUUCUGGGACAGGCAGCCAUCAGCGCCAUUAGGACAGUCAUGGGAUCUUGGACGAUUCACCACAUUAGUGGCCUUCGGAGAUAGCUAUACUGAUGACAAUCGCUUCAAUUACUUUGAUGCUCACAAUUACACUCCUCCGCCGAUAGGAUGGGCUGGAUCAGCAGACUACGACACGUCAAAUGGUCGUCGUCUGUGGGCGGCGUAUGUCAAGCAAUACACUGGAGCGAACUUGUACAACUAUGCCGUGAAUGGAGCAGAAUGCAGCGACGAGAUCACGCCACGUACCGCUGCGCCUCGGUUCAAUUUCCCGACGGUCAAAGAAUACGAAAUUCCGGCUUACAUUGCGGACUCCGAGUACACUGAGCCCAACGGAAAGCCGUUCUUGGAUGCACCCCAAGACGAGACCGUCUACGCCAUGUGGAUCGGCACAAACGACCUCGGCGACGAAGCUCUGUUGACCGACUCGCAAGUCCCAGGAACGAGUAUUGUUAGCUACACGGACUGUGUUUUCAACCAGCUGCAAAGACUGUACGAUAGGGGAGCGAGAUACUUUGUUGUUUUCAAUGCUGCGCCGUUGAAUCUCGCGCCGCUGUACGGACUUCUUGGAAAGAAGGGCAAAGUUGUGUCCCCAUACUGGCCAGAUAAACCGAGCAAUACUACGGAGAUUAGUUACCGUAUGAUGGAACAAGUUGUUACUGUCAAUGCCAUCUACCAGUAUCGGACUCCAUUCGUGGCUGAGGUCGGGAAGACUUUCAACGGAGCGAAGUUUGCGGUCUUUGAUGUGCAUAGCCUGAUGACGAAUAUCUACAAUAAUCCUUCUGCUUUCCUGAAUGGUACAGCGCCGUUGAACGUUGCAGUACCCGUACGCGACUGCACUCCCGAAGUUUGCAUUACGCACGAAAGUCCUGACAGUCACAUGUGGUGGGACGAUCUGCAUCCGAGUGAGCAGACGCAGAGAGUCAUUGCACGGGAGUUUGUGAGCGUGAUUGAGGGUAAGAGCCAAUAUGCUUCAUAUUGGGGUUGA